CUCUGUUUGGGACCACCACGUCCAAGUUGCAGUGACUUGCUCAUCGAAUGCCGUGAACAGACAUGAUGGCGUCUUAUCGUCCUAUUACUCCCAUUUCUGCUGUGUUUUCUCAGCCAGUAACAGCCUUGUCCUUUGACCCCGUCUCUGAUAUCCUAUGGGCUGGGUCACAGAGCGGCAUUGUUACGGCGUAUGUCAGCGAGGGCAUGAGCGGUGUUUCUUUUCGCGUUUCGGACUUGCCCGUUCUCAAGGUUGUCGCCGGAGAAAGUUAUGUACGCGCUGCAGGAAGUAGAGGUCUUGGUUUUGGAACAUGGGGAAAAGGCGGAGUGAAUAAAUGGCAUUAUCGGUCGUCUACCGCCGUCCUGACCUUCUCGACGUCAACGAAUUCGUCCAAUGUCAUCGGAGUGUCUGUCGUCGGUCCCGAACUGUUGCUAAUCAAUCCUCCAACCGGUACUGUCGUACGGCAAACACAAACACCUUCGUUGAUUACGCACCUCGAAUUCUCUCAUUCAAGUCUCAUAUCUGGCGCUGUCGAUGGCUUCGUGCGAACCCAUGAUCCUCGCACAGGCAUCGCUAGGUCUGGCGGUUCAGAACAUAUGGUAAGGGCCCAUCCGAGUGGUAUCCAAGGCUUGCAGACAUCGGGGAACUUCGUCUUCACAAUCGGGCUGCAAACUCGGCAAGGCCGACCGUUUCCUGACCAGCUUGUGAAGGUGUAUGAUUUGAGAAUGAUGCGUGCGCUGCCACCGUUCCCAUUCUCUGCUGGACCCACGUUCCUCAAUCUUGUUCCCCGGCGUUCUUCAAGCAGUGUUGCUAUUACUUCUAACCAAGGCUCAGUCACUGUUGUUGAUGUUGCGAAUCUGAGUGCUACACCUGAAUUCUACCAGAUUGAUACACCCUCCUACCUGACCUCAGUCGCUCUGUCUCCCACUGGUGCAUACAUGGCCUUCGGGGAUGCUGAUGGACUGAUACAUCUGUCUACACAAGUCGAUGAAGGUGGUCUAGUUCCUUUCAACGGGUUUGAGGGGCAACCUGUGGAAUGGGCUAACGCUCCUACCCCACUGCCGAGUAUUGAAUGGUCUGAUUCAACCCCAUUGAACACCGUCGGUAUGCCUCAUUACAACUCCCAGCUGCUAUCAUCUUGGAGUCCGCAAUUCAUAUCAUCCAAUUUAUAUUACCCUCCGCCUCCCAAGAUACCUCUUCAGAUUCUCAACUCAGUAAAGAUCAACGACAAUAUCGCUUACGCUACUCUACCAAAGGACUUGCGUGGACGUCGGAAUGUAAUCUCUGUAGCCCCACGGAAACAAAGCGCGCGAUUCCGCAGUGGAAAAUCUCAUAUACUUGAUGAACCAGACACUCCUUUGUUUGGCACUAGUGGUGAUGAGAUUCCUAGUAUGUAUCGUCACGUCGAGAUCGAAUACUCCAAAUUUGGUGUGGAAGACUUUGACUUUGGAUUUUAUAACAAGACUGAAUACAGUGGACUUGAAACGCAUAUCCUGAACUCAUACACUAACCCUAUGCUGCAAGCCAUGCACUACAUCCGACCCAUUCGCCGUUUAGCAAAGUCUCACAUUUCUACUGACUGUAACAGAGAGCACUGUCUUCUCUGUGAACUCGGUUUCGUUGUUCGGAUGCUCGAAGACGCCCGUGGUACAAACUGUCAAUCAAGUAAUUUCUGCAAGACCGUUGGCGUCUUAGCGCAAACAUCCAACGCUAUUGAUUUGAUUGACUAUGGACGGGAGUCUAAUGAAGUGGAUCAUGGCCACAUGAUUCAGUCGUUCCACCGUUUUCUCGUCGACCAUCUGAGCUCCGAGGGCAAUGCAUUUCCUCGAAAUCCUGUCCUCGUCAAAGGUCCUUCAUAUGUUCCUGAUCCUUACAAUCCCGCGGCAGCUCCAAUCACUCAGCUGAUGGGAAUUGACGCUCGGAAUGUAAUUACCUGCCUCAACUGCAAGGCUGUUCGAACUAAAGAGAACGUGACACAUAUAGUCGACCUCAUCUACCCACGCAAGGUACUCGCCCCCUUUCCCUAUGUGACUCUGGACCUCAUUUGUUAUCAGACUGCAUCUAAUGAGGUUCAACCCGCGAACGAUUUCACUAGCAUCUUACGGGAUUCAUUACUACGGCAAAUGACUCACAAGGCUACCUGCCAGUCGUGCAAGCAGUUUUCGACGUUUUCUUCAAGGAGGUCUAUAGCAUCUAUAGACCUCCCGGCGAUUCUGGCGGUUAAUGCGUGUGUAAAUAGUGAAGACAACUUGAAGAUGUGGAUGGAUCGUCGGAACCAUACAUUUCUGCAGUCACGCGUGGAACUUCAGGGACAAGUAGAAGGCGUAGACGAUCCAGAAAAAAUCGUGUACCAAUUACGGUCAAUUAUUGUUCAAGUUGUUACGGAAGACGAGCACUCACAUUUGGUUGCUCUUGUCAAGGGUUGUGCUCACCAAGAUUCUUCCUUGUGGACACCUUCUAACUCCUCCCCAGUGCCCGAGGCGGAACAGGGUCUCGGCAGUCCCUGGUAUUUGUUCAACGACUUUGUUGUCCGUAAUGUCUCCGAGGAAGAAGCCCUUAGUUUCCCCAACAAGUGGAAAUUGCCUGCGGUCCUUCAUUUUGAGCGUGAAGACAUGCAUGACGCGAUAGACUUCAGCGAGCUACUGUUUACUUCUGAUGAUUCCAUUCUCAGCCGAGACACAUCCAUAUCAAUAAACCGUGACUCUAAUCUCAUCAAACAUGAAUGUCUUCGGUACGAAGAGCUUCCCCGACCGGGCACCCUGGUUGCUAUUGACGCCGAGUUUGUGUCAAUGCAACAGGAGGAGACCGAGUACCGGUCUGAUGGAACGAAGAAGGUCAUUCGACCUGCUAGACUCAGCCUUGCGCGGGUAUCGGUGUUACGAGGCGAUGGACCCAAGCAAGGCGUACCUUUCAUCGAUGACCAUAUACAUACAAGUGAGGUCAUCGUCGACUAUCUGACGGAAUUUUCAGGCAUCCGGUUCGGUGAUCUCGAUCUUCUACGAUCACCGUAUACCCUCACGCCACUGAAGGUCGUGUACAAGAAGUUGCGACUUUUGGUAGAUCGAGGGUGCAUAUUCAUCGGGCAUGGUUUGUCUAAGGAUUUCCGUAUAAUCAAUAUUUUCGUUCCGCCUGACCAGGUGAUCGAUACCGUCGACCUCUAUUUCCUCAAAUCACGACAAAGGCGUCUUUCCCUGCGUUUCCUAUCGUGGUUUGUCUUGAAAGAGCAAAUUCAGACGGACACGCACGAUUCCAUUGAAGAUGCACGCUCCGCAUUGAAUUUGUACAAGGCCUAUCAUCAAUUCGAAGAGCAGGGUGUCUUCGAUCAGAAACUAGAGGAGCUUUACAAGGAAGGACGACAGUGCAACUUUAAGCCGCCUCCUGUGGAGACCCCUGCAACGGCACCGUCUCGGCCUAUACAUGUAGCGGAACCGAAUCAAUUUGUUGUGGAACAGGCUAAUCUACUAUUGGGAGCCCAGCUUGCGCAGAUGUAUCCUGCAGGACACACACCGUCGUCAGCACGUAUGCCAACUCCGGGGGCAUUCAUGCAGCAUCCCAACGUAGUGAGGCAUCGUGGGGAUGAGCACAGAUAUAAGCAUUCAAAUUAUCAUCGUUCUAGUCGGUAG